GCCAUGAAAAUAUAUUUAGAGUAAUUUGACCUUCAUUCGUGAAGACAAGAAACAACCUUUUGACGUUGAAGCGAAAUAGAAAGUGCAUCUCUGGCGUCACCUGGCGUCACACUAGCAACGGUAUCAGUGUGCGUGUGUUUGUUGGGUUCGUUCGCAUGGUUCGUCCGGUUCGUCUGCAUGGUAGUUGUGCGAAGAGCAUGGCAUGGCUGUUGUUACCAACGCUGAUGGAUCAUCGAUGGCAGAAAACGAGCAGCGCGCAAGGGUGGGGCCCUACGGCUUCGAGUGGCCGGAGGACUUCGACCACGAGGGUCACGAGGCAUUCUGGCGGGGCUACCGGGCAGUGCUGGCGCGGCGCCUUCGCAAGUGGGAUCAGCUGCUGUCGAAUUCCCGGCCCACGGCAUAUCCCAACCUCCGGCACAGCAGUGCCAAGUUGAAGCGGUACGUGAGAAAAGGUGUUCCCCGAGAGCACAGAAAACAGGUGUGGAUGGUCCUUUCUGGAGCAGCCGCAAUGCAGAGUGAGCAGCGAGGCCUGUACCAGGCACUGCUGCAGCAGAGCCUGCGACCUGACCUUGUUGAGACAAUCCAGAUAGAUGUGCCACGAACAUUUCCUGACAAUGUGUAUUUUCACGGAGGUGGACAGCAACAGAAGUCACUAUUCAACAUCCUGGUGGCGUACGCACAUUUCAACCAGGGUGUCGGCUACUGCCAGGGUCUGAACUUCAUAGCUGGCCUGCUGCUGCUGGCAACAGAGGACGAGGAGGCCACCUUCUGGCUCCUGCGUGCCCUGCUCGAGCGACUGCUGCCCGACUACUAUGGCCGGCACAUGACGGGUCUGCUCACAGACAUCGAGGUGCUUGCCGAACUGGUCAGGCAACGGAUGCCACAAGUGCACGCACAUCUGGCGAAGCACGAGGUGUCCUGGGCAAUUGUGACCACCAAGUGGUUUGUCUGCCUGUUUGCUGAAGUGCUGCCAAUUGAGACUGUUCUGCGAGUGUGGGACAGCCUCUUUCUGGAAGGGUCCAAGGUGCUUUUCCGGGUGGCCAUCACGUUGGUUGCCCAAGGCCAGGAGCAGAUCCUGGCUGCGCGCGGUCUGGGCGAAAUAAUGGCAGCCUUCAAAGAGGCUGCCUCGGGACCUCAAGUCACCAACUGCCAUGCUUUCCUUAAGGCUGCCUUCAAAGAGCCCAAGUCACUGAAGCGGGCGCACAUUGAGCAGCUGCGCGCCUCCUGUCGGGAGAGGGUCGUGGCAGCUGCACGAAGAUGACCCCCUCGCUGUUGGCUACACAGAGGACCGUUCAGAAUACACACGGCGAGAUCAGGACAUGCAUAGCCAAUUCCGAAUUGUCAAGUUCCAGAUUGUAACCCUGUCCAACUGCUCCGAGUUCGGGAAUGUGGCCCACCUUGGAUCCGGUCAAAGGGGUGACACCUGUGUAGUGCAGCUCGCCUGCUGGGAAUUUGUAGUGCGUGACCAUCUCCUGCUGAAACAGCUACGUGAGCCGAGAUGAGUAGAACAUGGCGACUGACUGCUAUCGGGAAACAAGUGCCCACUUAUGCUGCACUGCCGGUAGCCGUACAGUGCGAUGUUCAAUUCCAAGUGUUAUGAAAGUCUUUCGGACAUGCUUGCUGCACUAGUUGGAAAGUGCUUUGGUAUUGGCAGUGGCAGGCUGAUGUGAGCUUAGCUGCCAGUUUGGUUUUAUUCUCUGUGUGUCGAGUUUGAACCAGACCGCUUGACAUCAAGAUGCACUGUCGCCAUGUGUUGCAUUGCGCAGAGCAUGCAGCUGGAACUGCUCAUGAAAUGAGCAGUGCACUGAGCAGGGUGCAUCACCUCUGCACUCAACUGGUGACCUCCUGGCAGCGACACUGUGGUGGCGUUCUGCUUUGAUCAGUCACUUACUUGGUUCAGACCACUUGCUCAUCUUCUGUGUCAGUCAGCCAGCGCUCGUGUGACUGUUGUGUGGCACGGUUGUAUGCUACGCUGUUGCGCUCGCCUGAAGUGCAUGGAUUCAUUGUUGGAAGCAGAAGAUUUGGUCACUGCCAAACCAAAGGAGGUGUGCAAGGUGCAGGAAUCGGUGCAACACCUUUGAUUGGCGCAUCUCGCAGCCUGCAGCCAGGUGAAUUAUGUAGCAGACAGGGACAUAGCAAUUGCUAGCAAAUUGUCAGUAUGUUUACCUUCUCGUAUUUGUUUUCAUGCUCGCAUCAGACCCCCUGCGAUAUGAACUGCCUGCGCGCUUGAUGGCCUUGACUCAGUUGCUGCUGCCUAGCUGCAUCGUCUGCCCAGCUGGUAAACACAACCAUGCACACACGUGACCACAAGGUCCAGUUGUCUUGUGAUUCAGAGGGCUAGCUGCUGUUAAUGUGUGAUCGGAAAAUUUGCCCUCACCUAAGCAAAAAAAAAAGAAAAAAAAAAUGUGAGGAGCUACUGUGGUUUCGCUUGCUGGUUCUUGAAACAAGCUGCGGGAAAUGCUUUCCUUACGGCACUGAACUUUGCCUGUUGUUGGUGUGAAAAGAUUGUUCGUGUGCAGUGAUGCUCACAGCCUGUUCCUUUUUAUAGAAGCGCCAUGGCACAUGCUACCAGUGUUGCCAGCAAAGGCUGCGGACAAAUGAAGACAACUCGUUCUCCAUAGCAACAGAGGGUGCUCACAGGCAUGGUGCACUCAGGGUUAGCAGCCCCAGUUUAUGCCCAGUCAGUCACUUUUCUCCAGUGCUUUCCUGAAAUACUAUUCAGACGUGCUAAACCUUUGAUGUCUAGGUGCAGUGUGCAUGCAGAUGAGAAAAAAAAAUGGCAUUGCACAUGGGAUUAGGACUGCCAGUUCCUUUUCUCUCUCUCUCUCUCACCCCCCCCCUCCACCACUGCGGUCUUUUCUUGCUUUCUGAGCUGCCUGCCAUGAUCUUGAUCCCUUUUUAUGGUGUAGGGCAGCUUGCAGACCUGUGCAAAGGUGGUGGCUGCUACGCUUACUAAAUUGACAUCUCCAUAGAGACCUUUGGCCAGAGACCAGCUAGCGAGACCCUACAGUGUCAUGUUUCUUUGUGCUAAAUACCGCUUUUAAACUUACUGUUGGGUCUUAAUUUGACUGUUUCUAAGUUGCUGUGUAACAGUUGACUGUACAUUUUUAUUAUAGCUGCUUCUGUCAAAAUGGCAAAAAUUAAUUCUGUCAAAUGACAAAAUUUAUUUUUUCUAGCACAGCCGUGCAACCUGAAAUUGUAUAAAAGCAUAGUGCUGGUCAAGCAGGUGUACAUGGGUAGUGCACUUGAUUUCGGCCUUUAUGCCUAGGCUGAGAAGAAAAAAGAAAUUUAGUGGCAACUCUGCUCCUUAAACUUUUGCACUGGACUUUACCUCCGGCUUCCAGCCAAAACCCUUGCCUUAACCUUACCGUCCCCUUCAUACAUGCUUCAAUUCUAUGAAGAGCCAUCAACACGAGUUGAAAAGGUCACACCACUAUCAACACUUUUAUCAGUUCUUCAUAUCACUCGUAUUAAAAGAGUAGGUGUACAUUCUGAAGCCCACUGCUGCCAUUUUGAAUUCCUUACCUUUACUAAUGUGUUGGGAAGCAUAGGACACUAGGUGUUUUAGUGACCAUUGUCACCUCGUAUUGCCAUCUCUCUCCAGAUAGUGCUGUUGUUGCACCAAAAGAAGACAAACUGUGGUAAGGAAAAGAAAAAUAUUUGUGGCAUGUCUAAGCCCUGCCUGCUGAACUUGUGACACAUCACGGUUGUGUUGGUUCAUGACAUGCCUGCAUUCCAUGGUGCUUGACCGUUAUGAAAAAACCCAUCAGCUGCCAUUCGAUCACUUGACGUUUCUACAAUCAAUAACCAAGGGUACCAAAGAAGUUGGGAAAGUAAUCUUGGUUCGAGGUAGCUGCUCAUUCAUAUCAGAAGACAGAGGAAUGGAAAAGCAAAAUGGUGAUGACAAAAGCAUGAGACCCCCUGCGACAUGAACUGUCCUCUGCAUUUGAUGGCCAGUCAGUUCUCUCUCUCUUGUUCUAUGUGUGAGCUACUACAUACUGGCCAACUUUGAUGGAUGGAUGGAUAACUUUAUUGAGGUUUCUUGGUGCACGCUAAUUGCGUGCAGCAGGCCGCUCCCAUGUCGGGACUGAGAGUCCAUGCCCCUCCACCGAGUCGCGGGCCUGAUGGACAGCCCAGAGCUGUGGUUCAUAUCUUUACAAAAGUGAAACGCAUGGAACUCCUAUGGUUUUAUCAUAAAAUGCCAGAUUUUAGAGCUUACUAUCGAUGUGGUGACAUAGGAAAGUGGUGACACCAGCAACUUUAAGGCUUUUCACUUGCACCUAGUUUAAAGCAAAGUUUAUUUAAGAAGAUUACAAAUACAGUCGCUGAGCAAUUUUUUGUAGCCCAAUUUUUUGGACCUAUUAAUUAGGUGUAGUAUGAACAUAGCCUCCUGUGUAUGCUGUGCCUGUGGGAUCAUCGGCAAACCAAUGAGAUGUGGCUGUCGUUGGAAAUGUGGCUCUGGCCUCGCUUAUGUAUAUUUCUCGAAUGCACUUUUUGCAUGUUUGGUGUUUGCUGCUAACAAAAAAGAUGCAUGGGUAUCGGCAGAAGUGUGCUAACGAUUAGCGAAAUAUAAAUAUUCUGCUUAUAGUUGCUUUUCAAAACAAAAGCAUUUGCUACAGCUGCACACGAGCAUUGUUGUUUCCAGAGCACUGACAAACGUUUGCACUCUGCUGCCAAUGGCGCAUAAGGUGCGUGAUAGGGCGCUGGCAAGGCUGGUCGUUACAAUGGCCACAAAUGGAAUGACUCUCCCCCUGCGUAAGUGGCGCCUCCGUAAACAGCAGUUUUGUAAGGAUCUGCAUGCACUGAGUGUAUGUGAGGUGGCUAUGAUAUGGACCCAGCAGUGGCACCAACUUGUAGAGCCAAUGUAUAACAGCAGUUGAAAUUUCGGCGGCCAUUGUGUGAAUAUUUCAUCGGUUCAUUUCAUGAGCAUUUGUGGCUCAGAUAUUUCUUACUGCAACUAUGGAGCAAAGCACCUGUUGACAGUAUCCCUAUUAAACAAAGCAUGCAAAGCUUAUAACGCAGUCAACAUCUUGAGUAAUCGGACACUUUUUUUUUUCACCAAAUUUUGGUAUCUUUUGCCUACGACUAGUAUUAAAGUUCUAAGGUUGUCAGGUCUGCUAUUAACCGAACAACUUAUUUGUGGGAAGUAUGUGCUUUUAAACACGCGUGAUAGUCGGGAAAGCAAUAAAAUAAAGAGAACAAGAACAACAAAAGUAAAGGAUAGCUGCCAGACAACACACUGCACAUCAUAUCCACAUUCGUAUGGAAAAAAAUAAAAAAAACUUUUCAUCUUACAAUAAACACAUAGUGAACGAAUGACAGUGCGAAUUGACAAGGACAAGACAAGUAGGGGACGCACAUGCGGUGUCAUAGUCGUGCAUAGGCGCCGAUUGAUUUUUCAGAUGCCUCGUUUUUUUUCUUUGACCAGCUUAAUUAUUUACUGUAGCACCGCUAUCUCGGUCCAUACAAGAAAUGUGCAAUGGCAAACGAAAUAUAGGACUGCCGUAUAAUACCCUGCUUGAUUUUUUUUUGGACAAGAAGCACCCGCAUGUUGAAAAAAUGGCAGCUGUGAACAAUGAACUGCUAUUACUAUGUUUGUACAAGUGGCUCAUCUGUGAUCAGGCUUGGGAUCCUACGUGUGGGCUGGGCUAAUAAGCAUAAAAGCGACAUUCAGGUCACCGGACGAUCAGCAGGCAACUACGGUGUGUGCACCUGCCAAGUUCGUCAGUGCUCUUACUGGACUGAAUGGGUUAAGCUUGCACAUAAGCUGAAAACUCUGAACAGAACUUAUACAGUCAAGAUCGCGUCAUCUGCACUUUGUGGCGACGUUACGAUGGUUGAAGCAGAUUGAGCCACAUGAUGAGAGACGAGAUGUGAAGCCCCUUUCUUGACUUGACCUCCACAUUGAAAUUUUUUCAUGGAUCGACGACACUGAGCAACUGUGCAAAUGAAUGUACUGUAGUGCUUUCAUUGUAAAAACUAACAAAAUAUCUUUUUUCUUGAAAUUAGUUUUAAUUGGACCACCCAACUAUUGGAACAUUUUUAUAGCCUCUUCAUGUCUGAAAAAUUUACCGCCAACUGUAUGUAGGUAGGUACACCCAUCCUGCCACUUUGUGUUUCUGACCUCAUCAUGCUGCGCCAACUCUGUAUCUUUCGGCUUUAGUAUGUGGCAAAAGUCGUGGGGGAGAGGGGGAGGGGGGUGCUUCGUUCAUCUCAAUAUGUAAAUGCAUUCAUUCAUGGACACAAACAUGUUUUACCAAAGGGGGGUGGGGGGGACGCUUAGAGACUUGAGUGAAUGUUCCAUUUCAAAUCAAAGUAUUUAAUUUGAGAAUUCAGUGCUUGAGUUAUUUGAGUAUUCAGUUGUGUGUGCCAUAUGUACAAGUUUACUAACGGCUGUUGGAGUGUGCUUGUUUCUAUGAAGGUACACACUUGCGGCAAUAAUCCACUGGUCACCUUGAGUGCCUACCUUCCAAGGGGUCCUGCUGCGCCUUUUCACAAAUUAAUGAAAUGAGUGUAGUGUUGCAACACCUCCAUUGAGAACUAUUUGGAUGUAUAGUGUAGAAGGGGAGUCAUUGCCAGUCAAGGAUCACCAUUCAAAUCCUCUGCAGUGAUUGUGCUUCUUCUUCCACAACUUGCAUGCCAAAGGUAUAAUUGAGCAGGGCAGUGUUCAAAAUAUUUGUGCACUGUACGUGAUUUCUGCUGUGGUGAUUUUUUGUGUUUUUUAUGUGUUACGUGAUGGCCAUUACAGGCUUUGGUGCAUAUAACUCGCUAAACCUAGACAUUCUCGAUCGAGUUCCAUUUGAGUUUUGACAUACUGCAUAUGCUGCCAAAUGGAACAGUAAUGCAGUUACUCUAGUGACUUUAGCUGCACAGAUGGUGGCAGCUUAUUAGGCUAUAACCAUGCUUUGCUAGAACUUGGCUUCUUGAACCACUUGAUGCUGCAGAAUUUUCAUGUCACUGUUGGCACCUUUGCAGCCAAUGACCACACAGCGGUGGUGCAACCUUACAUUUGUCUUCAGUACCACGAUUAUUGAAGCACAUUCCAUUGCAUUUGUAAAUGACAGUAAUGCAUCAUUUAGAUAAUUCCGGAUACUCAUGGAGAACUUACAGGCAAAAAACUCAACUCAACAUAGUAUGUAAAUGCAAUGUGCAAGAUAGGUUAAUGAAACUUGAGCAAUGGUGCAAUUUUGUAUUAUGAAGGGAGGCAACAUAACUUUAGCAUGUGACUCUUUUGGAUGUGAUGACCAUUUGAAAUUUCUAACAAGUUAAUGUUAAAACUGUGUUCUUGAUUCUGCCAAUUUAAUGAUAUCUCAUUACGUACUCGGCAGUUUGGCUAGCAGUCCGAAAAUUCCUUCUUGGCAUCAUCAUGCCAACCAAAUAAAUGCUGGUUAGGCGUUAGAAAAGCGUAAAGCUAAAGCAGGAAUAAUCUUUACAGCAAUAUUGUACUUUCCGUGCUGCGUGCAAAAAGUUUAUUCGUCUCAGCAUUUGCGUUGUAUCUGGUAUGGUUUAUUUACCUUGCUCAAAAGGCACUGCAGGACCCCUGUAAAAGGCAACUUUAGCCAGAAGCAUGUUAUUCCAUCAGUAUUUUGUUAUGGAUAAAUGAUCUUCUGUAGCAUAGGUGAGUAGGUAUGUGGGUAAGUGGGUGGGGGAUAGUGGAAGGGGAAUGCGUUAUUGCUGUAUUGAAUACCCACCUCCUGAGUGGAGUUUAGUUUUUUUUUUUUAGGUAGCCUACAACAAUCUAACCAACUACGUCUAUUUCAUGCUACCUUUAGACUCGUUCCUUGACUGAUGAAAAGGUCUAUUUCUCUUCAUAUUGCCUACCAUGUACCCAUUUCUAAUGUUAUGUAUGGUGGUGUGGUUCAAAAUCGGUUCCUUUUCUGAACGUAUAAUUCGAUGAGUAAGUUUCUAUGUUACCUUUGUACAGUGACCUGCACAUAAUUAAUGGAGACGAAUGAGAACAGUAGUAGAAACAUAACAUAACAAAUAGAUAAGAUUUUUCAUUUUUGCUUGUUUACUUGCUUCCAAAUUUCAUUCCAUGAUCAGUUCUUUUUUUUUUCGUCUCAAAAUAUAAUAAUUGGUAUUGGCAUUCUUGCUUUCUUGCAUCAUCUUCUUGCAUGCUUUCUGGCAUCACCUGUGUACCUUGCCACUGAAGAAGCAAGUUCUUGCAUACAGAUAGACUGGCGUUGCCAAUAGCUUGCAAAUAAUGGAGGCAUAACACCGACACUGUAUGCACAUUAUUUCUUGUAAGCCGUUAGCAAGUCUAAUCUGCCCAUUGCAGAAGUGUGCCGUUUUAUUAAGGAGGCAUCCACAUGAUGGCAGUUCCUAAUUUUAUUUGAACUAACCGGGUAGGAGCUGAUAUCAAGUUUCAUUUUAAGGUUUGGACUAAAGAAGGCCAUCAUGGUUGAAGAUGUGAAGCUAAAAUAGCAGCUGUAAGCACAGGAAUUCAUUUUACGAGUUUCUGUUAAUAUGCACCAUAUGUAUCCAGGCGCACAUUCUACAAUUUCUUUCAUGCAUCUAGUCAUGUGAUGUUCCUUUUGUUUCUGCUAUUUUCAUUGUCACGAUCACAUGAACUGCGAUGACCUUUCGCUUUCCGCUCGUUUGCUAGCUGCCCACUGGGACAGAUUUACAAAGAGCAUCCUGUGCAUUCAGGGACAGAGUUCAAAUUUUUAUGCUUUCUCUCUCUCGGCCAUUCUUUGUAGAAAAACUAUUCAUAAUCAACUUGAUAUUCAAAGCCCUCAUCUGCCAUGCAUCAUUUAAUUUGAUGAAAACUUUACCCUAACUGAACACCUCUGUUUGUGAGUCUUAGCAAUCAAAGGAUUGAGUGAAGUCAACUGGCAGGCUUUUUUGUUAUAUCUGCUAUCUUGCCUAUCUAAAUGUCACAAAACUAUGUGACAAACUAAGCGUAUGGCAUGAGGUGAUUAUACGGCAAUCGCAUUCAAAUUUGUUACGCUUAUGCCCUUCUUUGUUUCUUGUAUGCACGUCCCAUGUUUCUUACAGCUGUUUGAAAUGUUACCUGCACAGUUUCGCAUUACACAGAGAACUGGAAAAGGCGCGGUUCAUGCUUCACGCCAAGGGUUGAGAUAAAGGCACUGCUGUUGGAUGGGGCAUGAUGGCUUCUAGCGACUCUUUUGUCAGUGCAGAAACAGACAGAACACAGGAGAGACAUACACUAGACAAAUGCUGGCAUGCAGCUAAUGCAAGCGCUGUUGACCAAGUGCAUGUAUACCUCUCAGCUGUCCUGCUGGUUAUGCGAGUGAUGAUCAGGCCAUGUCUUUCUUCUCUUGUAGGUAGGCUGCAGUCGUAACUCUGUCAGAUGGGCAAGUUUAGUAUCACUUUGAGCGAACGAACUUUGCUGCUAGAGUAAUUUGCAGGCUGUCAUUCGGAAAGGUUUACUAGCGACACUCGGAGUGCAUUCGUCAAACUUGCUUCGCUGCAUCGAAGUGUGUAGCCUCAAUAGCAGUGCUCCAAAAUCAAAUAUAACAAUACUCGCUGCAUGGUUGGCACUAAAUCUGAAAUCAGUUCUUUUGCGAUUUCAAAUGUUCCAAGCAUCCCCACUUUAUGAAAACGGCGUUUUUCCUCUGCCAACGAGAGCAAUCUCAUUUUUUCAUUAUUGAUUGUGUUAAUGUUAUUUUGCAAAUAUUGCCUAGAAUAAUAAAUACAUAAUGUGCAGGCUAAUUUGUGGAUCAGCACUUACAAGAAAUUCAUUUGUCAUUUUCCCUUCUAGCAGUGUGCCAGCCAUAGUGACACUCACUGAGGCAAAGUGCACUCAAAGUGCCACUAAGUUUGCCCAUCUGACUGGGUUAUUGCAUGACAAAGGGAAACUCGCUAUGGAUGAAAGGAUAAGAUUAUGGAUUGUGUGCCUUUGAAGUUCUCAUGUCUAGGCUUUCAGCCAGAAGUCUCUAACCAGGCUUGGUUCACAUUGUCCUAGUAAUAUCUUUUGAAAGAAUGGAUGAAACUUUUAAUGUUGCAUGCAGUCAUCAUCGGACUUUUGAAUUUGAUGUCACAGCAUAGGUAGCAGUCAUAUAUCGCAGUGGACUCAUAGUAUGGUGCAUCAAAUUCAUAUACGAAGGCUGCCAUGGACAGUGUUAUCCCUAUUACCAUAUAUGCCUGCAUUUUUUUUUUUCUUAUCUGUCUGGUUGAAGGAGUGUAGUUUGGUGUGUACAGGACUGAAAUGUUGUGAACAGAUGCCAGCAGUGGUCUGAAAAUGUAACACUGUGGUCUUAUGAGGUGCUUGCCACUUAGUUUACAUUGUCGUCUUAAACAUUAUUUGCCUUUUCACAGCCUAGACAACAAGUUUAACUGAAGGAGCUCAAAAUGGAGGCAUUGACAUAUAUUGCUUUUUAUUGCCAUUCAAUGUGACCGUCAGUGAAAGGUAGCCCAAUUUUUUAGAAUGAGUGCAAAAGCUGUGGAUAAACUUUGGAUGAACCUUUUGCAAUGUUGGUCUGCUCAUUUAUGAUAUACUGGCAAUGAUCCAGUCUUUUCUAGGUAUAAAAUGCACAGCCUUAUUCAUGCAGAAGCAUUUGACUAAGAUGGGGUUCGUGUCACCCACUCACUCUGUAUGUGCACCUUUACUCUUCUACAAGAUGAGGUGUUCGGACAAUUAUGAUGCACAACUUCUCAUAACGAUGGAGUGAGCCAUCACAUCAAAGAUGGCAGCAUUCAAAUCACUCAGUAUAUGCACAUGUGUUAUCAUAACUGUGGUGCCUUCAACAGGUGCGACACUAAUUAGCAAGAAAAUUUAUUUCCCUACCAGUAUCUGUCGUCGGAUUUUAAGCAUAUGUGGAAAGAGUUCUUGCAGCUAUCAGAGCAAGUACUUUUGUGAACUUUUGGAACUAACAUCGUCUACUGCCACAUCAAGCACCAAACAAGUGUGGUGCUUGAUGUGGCAGAAUGUUGUUUUCGCAUGAGAGUUGGUUCAUCUCUCUGUACACCAAACUUGCUCUGAAUGAGAAGUAUGUAAAGGGUCUUUGCAAUAUUUCUUAGUCGAGGGAACCUGUUGUAAUGACAUUGUGAUAUGCUGUACAGGUGUCCCAACUGCGUGCUUUACCAGUAAAUGGGGCACCGUGGUGCCAUAUGGCAAAUUCAUGCCUGUCUAAAACACUUUAGUUGUGAAGGUCAUUAUUGGCAUGAGAAAUAACACAAAGAUGUUCUGUGAUCUAGUUUGUAUUUUGCAAGCCACUGCGAAUGUAAAUAAAGAUAAUUGACAUUGGA